AUGGAGGCUGAGAAUAGAGCCGGCCCGGAUAAUCCAGACUUCCGCCUGUUCAGCAAUACUCCAGCUCCACACCACCCACGGCGAUCUGAAGGUCGAGCUAUUCUGCGAAGCAGCCCCCAGACUGCCGAGAACUUCCUCGCGCUGUGCGCAUGCGGCGCAUACAAUGAUACCCCAUUUCACCGCCUCAUCCCUGGCUUCAUGAUCCAAGGCGGCGACAUAUCACUUGGACAAGCCGCACGCCCAUCAUCAUCCACCAAGCCGAUGCUCCCGUUCGAAAUCCCGAAGGGCGGCACUUCCAUACAUCACCCGUCAGGCCUGAACCAAGAAAUCCACCUCCCCACUAUUCGUCAUAAUGCACGCGGCAUCCUGUCAAUGGCUUCGCGACCCGUCAAGGACCGCACUGCCCGGGCGCUCAAAAUGCCACCGGGCCAACCAUCAAUGGCAGCCAAUUCUUCAUUACUUUUGCUCCAGCGCCACAUCUUGAUGGUGCUAGUCCUUAAUUUGACGGCACAGGACGAGGGAGGCGAUGUGUUGGCUAAGCUGGAGAAAGCGAACGCGAAGGUUGAUAAAAAAGGGAAAGUUACGCAACCGAAAGAGGGCGAUGAUUUUGAGGCUCUGCGCAUCAACAGCGUCACCAUCCAUGCCAAUCCAUUUGCGACCUGA